GACCUAAUUGCUUCCUGCUUUUGCUGACUGUACCCUGCUGGGGGUUAUCAUUCUGAUGCCCUGCGGUGUGUGUUAGAGGAAGCAUGGGGCACCAGCAGCCGGGCAAGCCCUCCGAGAAAGACUUGUACAGGGACACAUGGGUGCGAUACCUGGGUUACGCUAAUGAGGUUGGGGAGGCUUUUCGAGCACUAGUUCCCAAAGCAUUGGUUUGGGCCAGCUAUGGAGUAGCCACUGCCUAUGUCACAGCUGAUGCAGCAGAUAAGGGCAAAAAAGCAGCAAAUUCUUCUAGAGAAAGCCCAGAUCGGACAAAACAAAUCACCGUGGCUGUAGUGGACACUUUUAUAUGGCAAGCUUUGGCUUCAGUGGCUAUUCCAGGCUUUACCAUCAAUCGUAUUUGUGCAGCAUCUCUCUACCUUAUGGGACAAGUAACCCGCUGGCCCCUCCCAGCUCGGAAGUGGGCAACCACCGCAGUAGGACUGUCUGCAAUUCCCAUUAUUAUAACACCAAUCGACAGGUCAGUAGAUUGGAUGCUGGACUCCAGUCUUCGGAAACUAUAUAACAAAUCCCAUUAGCAACUCUGACAAGACCAGCAGCACCAAAGUGUCUUAACAAGUCUGAGCUGCCAAGAGGAAUACUGGUUAGAUGCAAUACAAGCUCUGUGAGCUCUCUGCUUAUGCCUUGAAGAUUGUCCAUGUGACAAAGUUUUGUUUGACUAUUUUUUGUUUUAUUUGUGCAGGUGAGCGUGUAACUACCUCCUUUGUGUUUUUGUUGUUGUUAGAUACAUAUCACAUAUUUGUGAAUGAAGGAGCUGCUUGGGGUGCCUUAUAAAAUACAGCAAGGUGUAUAUCACUGAUCUUUGGCUCAAUAAAUCCCUAAUGAUUUAGAAACAUGA